UUAUGUAAAUACAGGACAUCUACUCCCUCCCAAAUAACGAGUCGACACCCUCAAUGAGUCGUACUACACUGAAACAGAAGUCACAUGUAAUGCCCUAAGGAUCAGUGCUGUUCCUUGUUAGACCCGUGAAUUAUAACGUAAUCGAAGUUCAUCACAGAAAUUCGGGAUUCCUGAUUUGUGUAAUUCAGUUUUAGGAAGGUGUACCACAUGAAUUAAUUGUUUAGAAAAGAAUGGACGAUAAAUUUGGAGAUGGUUGAUAGUGUGUGUAUGACCUGGCUGUUACCAUGGAUUGUCCAGUUGGUGGUGGUAUCUGCGGUGUUUAAUGAGCCAUGUCCGAGUCUACCAGUCUGGGAUACUCGAGCCCAGGAGUUAUGUGAUGACCCAGCAUGGUAUCACUGUCUGAAGAAUCAAGUAGAUGAAAUAAAAGAGGCUUGUGUUGCUCCGAUAUACAUAAACAAAGGGACCUUUCCGGUGUUUUCUUCUGACUAUAGUCUUCUUCCAAGACGAUGUCCAAGCACACACUACCAGCCCAGUGGACAGAUGUCCAACCAGUACAAAAAAGUUACCUGCAUGUACAAAAAGGCAAAAUGUGAAGAUGAAGGCGAGGAGAUUUGUGACGAAGGCAAUGAUACCACUGACCGGAUGUGCCGCUGUGACUACACCAGAGGAUAUAGGUCACUGCAAUAUUUGUUGGAUAAUCCCCAUCACAGGUCAUGCUACCAACCCAAGUCCAACGAAAGAGGAUGUGUCGCGUUGCCAUGUAAUGAAGGGCAGGAAUUGAAUCAAGCCUAUCAAUGUAUUCCAGCCUGCCCUAUCGGAUAUUUCAGACCACAGUACACAGUGAACUGUAUCCCGAAAGUGCAAGAUUCAAGUACAACAACAAAGGCAGAAAUCCAAAUCCCAGACAAAGAAUCAAAGGAGAAUGACGACUACGCUAUUAAGGAUCAGUUGUCAGAAGACAGCAACGUCAUACUUAUUGUCUGUAUAGCGUUAAGUAUCAUCGCUGUGAUCACGAUGUCAUUAAUCUUGACAUUCUUCGUUUGGAAAAGGAAAAAGAAUACAAUGUCGAGACAAAGAAAUGGAAGCGACAGUGACUCGAGACUUCUCUCAGAAGACGAUGUACCCCAUAAUGAGGAAAAUCCAAGUAAUAAAGAUGCAGUCCAUAUUAAAGCAGAAAUCCAUAUAAAGGAGCUACAUGUGACAGCAGAAAAUAUCGCUAUUGGAAGCCACAACAAAAUCAUGGCCAAAGAAACAAGUUUCCAGAAGACCACAUCUAUAGAGAGAGAAGGAGAGAAUCUCCGUAAGGCCCAGAACAGUGCGUUUUCGUAUAGAGAUGGCGACAUUAUCUUCAGAAAACUUUGUGGUCAACGUAUCGGUUGUAUAACGACUGGAAAGGGGACCGGAACCGGAUUUAGAGUUGGUGAAAGAUAUGUAGUGACUGCUUAUCACGUGGUAGAGGACAUAUUCGAAUCAUUAUGGAAAACCGUUUCCGGGAGGAUGUUAGAGGAUGGAAGCUGGUGUCUUACAGACUUUAUACAAUCACAAAAUUCAGGUGACACAGCAAAGAUCGGACGCCAAAUAAUGCAGCAAUGCAAAAUCAAAUUUGGAUAUAUUGAUGAAAACGAAGGUCAGGUCUUUACAUUUAGUUAUGAUGCGCCUUUUGUAUCCGUAAAAUACGACAUUGCUAUCCUGGAACUAGAAUUAGACGCUCUAGACCGUCCUUUACCUCCAUCUCUUCCUCUGGCCAGUAUCAAUCUUCCCGAAAAGCUGCAUGUGUUGGGACACCCUGGAGGUGGAAUACUGCAAUUUGAUCCUGCAUGUGAUAUCAUUCGUGACGAAAACGCACUUAACAAAAUCAAGAGGGAGGCUGUUGACUUGUUUACUGAAUUAGGUGAAAAAGCAUCAAGGGUUAAGGAAGAGUAUUCUGAGUGCAAAUUAUCGAAAGACCACAUUCUCUUCCACUGUUCCACAAGCACGGCUCAUGGGGCUUCCGGAUCACCUUUAAUUCAGAUUAUAGGGGAGAAUCCCAUUGUGAUCGGGAUACUUCUAAAAGGAUAUCCAAAAAUUUACUAUAACAAAUAUCGAGACAACAAAAGUGUAAACCAACAACACCCUGGACUGUUGAUAGAGUCCGGUAUAUCUAUGAAGAUGUUGAAGGAUUUGUUAAUUGAACAAAAUUUAACGGAACUAGCCAAUAAAUUGUUCGAUUCAUAAACAAGAGAACUCUACUUAUAUUGUAUUCCAGCUGGAGUUGGGUACCUCAGGAACGAAAGCACUGUGGCACAUCGUGAUGUUUACACAAUACCGCGGCACUUCCCACGGUAUACCGCAGUGUUAAUCUUCAAGUAUUGUGAUUCAAUUUUUUAUCGUUUUUUAAUUGUUAUUCAUUGUAUAAAAUGAGCAGUUAUUAGUUUAUACAUUGUAAAUUGUAUUUACUAUAUUAGAGCGAGAUUAAUAUUAGAGCGAGAUUAAUAUAAGCCUUUUGGCUUGUUUCUCAAUCUAUUACAUGUAUAAGACAUUGUUUGUAAACAUUAUUAUCGAAUCAUUUACAAAUAAAUAUUGUUUAAACUAAA